CAUCCACUGAUAUUAGUGGUCCAAAAAUCCACUCCUCAAUGGCUAGCGACAAGGUAUUCAUUCCGGAGGAGGACUUUCCCGGAGGUGUACAAGGUGUGCAAGCAGUUCGUACCGAGCGACGACGACCUCGAGAUGAGGAACCUGAUGGACCGUGAGAUACACAUGGGACUGAGUCGCGAUCACCACGAUCGUUCGACGGUUCCUUGUCACAUGAGCUAUGUGCAGGAUUUGCCGACGGGCAGGGAGCGUGGUCAGUUCCUAGCCCUCGAGAUGAUGCCCACCAAUUGCAGGAUAAUGCUGGUGAAGUUCAGCAGCGAAAAGGACAUCUAUACCAGUUCCAAGUGUGUUAUAAUGCCGCACACUGUGGCCGCGGGAAAGGGUGCCGAGGUCUUCAACUUCCUGGCCACCAGUAUUGCCAAUUUCGUGAAGGACAAAAAGGUGGAGAAGGAUAACCUCCCCCUAGGCAUUGCCUUUGCCUUCACCCUCAACAAACUAGCCUUGGAUGUGGGUAUCCUAGUUUCGUGGACCAAGGAAUUUGGAGCCCAGGGAGUCAUUGGCAAGGAUGUGGUUCAGCUUCUCCGCGAUGCCCUGGCCAAGUUCCCCGAAAUAUCUGUCGAAGUCAUGGGCAUAAUCAAUGUGGGAGCUGGUUCCCUUUUGGCCCUAUGUUGGGCCCAACCGGAUACCAGGAUUGGCUUAAUAAUGGGCAGUAUUGCCAAUUCCUGCUAUGUGGAGAGGGUCGAGAAGUGCGAAAUGUACGAUGGUGAGGAGGACCGAAAACUAAUGAUCAUCAAUUCGGAUUGGGCCCAUUUCGGGGAUAAUGGAACGUUGGACUUCCUGCGUAAUGAAUUCGAUCGCCAGUUGGACAACGAGUCCAUAAAUCCAGGUCAGCGGAUCUACGAGAAGUUUAGCGGUGCCCUUUGCAUGGGGGAACUCGUUCGCAUUAUAGUACUUCGCCUGAUGAAAGCGGGCGCUAUUUUUGCCGAAGACAGACGUGAUUAUAUAGGGAUUCAGUGGAAGUUGGAUAUGGUGUCGCUGAUCGAGAUAGUCUCGGAUCCGCCGGGAGUCUAUACGAAGGCCCAGGAGGUGAUGGACAAGUUCCGGAUCCGUCACUGCAAGGAACGGGAUCUGGCUGCCCUGAAGUAUAUUUGCGAUGCGGUCACAAAUCGAGCUGCCAUGUUUGUGGCCAGUGGAGUGUCGUGCCUCAUAAAUCGCAUGCGCUUGCCACAAAUCUCGAUCGCCGUGGGGGGCAUAUAUCGUCUCCAUCCGACCUUUGCCACGAUCCUGAAUAAGUACACCCACAUGCUUACCGAUCCCAGGAACCGAUUCGAGUUCGUCAUCACCCAGGACAGCUGUGGCGUGGGUGCGGCCAUCAUGGCCGGAAUGGCACAUGCCACCAAAUACAAAACGGACUCCAAGUUGUUUAAUAUGGAUUAUUAG